AUGGACGAUUUCCUCAGCGGCCAAGUGAUCUUUUUUGUCAAACUAUUCUAUGGUGUUAUUUGUACAUUGGAACAUAAUCCAAUGGCUGGUUCUGUUUCACCUGCAUUAGUUGGUACGUCCGGUAUUAUUCCUCUAACAAUUAUCACCACGAUCGCAGACAUCAUGCUCCAUUACUACCAUGCAAUUACUCAUGCAGAAAAAGAAGUUCUUUUCGCGACAUGUUGGUGGGAAAAGGGUGAAAUUGCAGAUAUGAUGUGUAAAUCUCUACGAGAUUUAAGUAAACGUGCUGCUGAGAAAAAAACUUGUAGAUCGGAAGAUUGCACUUCUAAGUUCGAACCUGAUCUUGUUUGUUUACACGAUGAAACACGAGCUAAUCAAGAAUUUCGCUUCGGAAUUGAUAGUUCAUCGAUUGUUUCUACCAAAGAUCCUUUGCAGAAAGCAGUUGCUCGUACACGACUUCGCUUCCGUCAUGAUCGCAACAAAUUCUCAACACCAACUAGAAAUCGAAAAAGUCUCUCCAAAUCGCCUCUAACAACUCAUCUGAAUGAAUGUGGAAAGUGCGCACAAUCAGUACAUUCAGCUGCGAAUUUAUCUUCAUUACAACUUGAAAGACAGAACAUGAAUUUCACAUCUUUUAUUUUCCAUUCUCUGCACCAACCCGUUCCGAUCGCAUUUGUCAAUUGUUCACCAAACGGUAUUCCAGGUCAUGUCAAUAAAGUCAAUCCACAAAAUCUCGCCUGGAUUUAUACAUUUCGCUGUGCACAAAAAUCGAUAUUUAUUCAAUCACCAAAUUUCAAUGCUUCUUUGGUGAUCAAUGGUGUCAUGUCUGCUUGUCGGCGAGGUGUUCAAGUGACACUUGAAAGAUCAAACACAUCCUUUGCAUUUUGCACAAAAGAAACGAAAUUGUCACGUUAA